AUGAGAGAUCAGGAAAGGACACUCAAUCAAGACGUUGAACGUUGUAUUAAUGUGCUACAGGAUUUCUUGGAUACAGGAUCUGCCAAGGCGAUUUCAGUAUUCAGUAACAAGACUAGUGAAAAUGAGGAUUGGUUAGAAGAGAUACGAGUCAAAUAUCGAAUCAAAGAUAACGAUGAGUUGCAAGCCAUAAAGAUGUUAAAGCAGAAGAGAUUAGAUCAAUUGGAAGCGUUGGAAAGUAAAGUCGAUUACUACGAGAAAUUAUGUGACGAAUUGGAAGAAUUUCAAGAUGAGAUGGAGGUGAAGGCUAAGCUCGAACAAAAUAGACGUUCGAGGUUUGACAGUAUGACUAGGAAAUGA